CUCUUAGGGUUUGCUGCUUCGGCACCCUCGGCAGAGCACGACCAGGCAGGCGGCGGCCCCAUGGAGAAGGCCCACGGAAUAUUCGACAGCACGCUGGGGGGCUUCCUGAGGCCCCAUCCGGAGCCCCGAAGCUUCUCAGGCCGGGCUGGCGGGACGGGAAACAUCAGAACCUUGGGGGAUACGUACCAGUUUGCGGUGGAUGUCAGCGACUUCUCCCCCGAAGACAUCAUUAUUACCACGUCCAAAAACCAGAUUGAAGUGCGGGCGGAGAAGCUAGCGGCUGACGGGACCAUCGUCAACACAUUCACCCACAAAUGCCAGCUCCCUGAAGAUGUGGACCCCACAUCGGUCACCUCCACCCUGGGAGCAGACGGCUGCCUGACCAUCAAGGCGAGGCGAAGUCCAGCCAAGCCAUCUGAACAAGUGCAGCAAACUUUCAGGACUGAGAUUAAAAUCUGA